AUGGCAAGAUAUGGGCCAAAGUACUGGAACCAGAUACAUGAAUCUCGGGUUUAUGAGGCGGAUCAUAUUCCGGUUGAGCAUCCCCUUUAUUGGCGUAUAGCAUCACACAGACCUGUGGAUUUCAAACUGACUGCUGGACCUAGAUCCUUGAAGUAUUUCCUUCAAAUGUGUAUGGGUGCUAUUGAUAAAUUCAAUAAAGCCUCCAAUCAGGUACCUCUAUUCGACACUUUUAUUUAA